AUGAGAGCUGCUGAAGUUGCUGCAAGAGAUACCACUUCAGAUGAUUUAAUCGAAGCCCUUUUAAAGGAUAUUGAGGAACUCAGAAAUACGCAUUCAGAAGUUGAAGCAAAUUACAGAGAUAUUUAUGCGAUGCUUAUUGAAAUAGAUCAUUUUCACGUCGAUAACAAGACCUGGGCUAAUAAGUGGAAUGAAUUGUGGUCGAAAUAUAGAAAUUUAAACGAGAGUAAGUCCGAAGAACGAAAAAAAAGAUUUAAUAAAGGCAACCCAAGAUUUAAAGAGGCCAAAAAUAAUGUCGCAAAAUUUGCUUCACAUGUAACUGAUAUCUUAAAAUUCAAGACGGAUUUUAAAGUGUGUGCUAAGGAGAAACCUAAAAAUGAAGGCGAAGAGACUACAAGAGUUCAAGAAACAAUUAUGAGUUUGGAACAUCAAAUUAGUAAUCACUAUAAUCUAAUUGUUAAGCUUAGGAUUGGAGUUGGAUUGGGAGCAUUGUCAACACAACCGUCGAAAAUAGAUGAUCUUAAAGAAAAACUAAUUGCUGCAAAAAAGCAGUUAGCAAUCCUUAAUUUAAAACAAGGUCCUAUUGAUCGGACCGAAGUAGUUGAUUAUGCAUCAAAUAAGGUUACCGGCUUCUUUGUUUUGCUUUCUAAUUGUUGGGAGAUUAUUGAAGCCGAGUUAUCAAAAUUUUCGAAUGAUUUAACUCUUUAUGGUAAAAUAUAUGAGAUUGUUCCGGAACAGUAUGCAAAUAUCGAGAAGCUUUGGAAUGCAGUCUCUGUUUGUUUGGAUAAGUAUAUUUCAGAUGUGUAA